UUUGCUUUUGCUUUAUCUUAAUUUUUUAUUUUAACUAUGGCCGGCUACAAGUUCCUUGCUAUCGAGAACCCUUUGUUGGAUAUCCAGUGCAAUGCCACCCAGGCCUUGUUGGACAAGUACCAGCUCAAGGCUAACAAUGCAAUCCUCGCUGACGAGUCUCACCAGCCUUUGUACAACGAGAUUGUCGAAAACUUUGAUGUUGUCUACGUUGCCGGUGGUGCCGCCCAGAACACUGCUCGUGGUGCUCAGUACCUUUUGCCCGCCAACUCUACUGUCUACAUCGGCUGUGUUUCUGACGACAAGUUCGCUGCCACCAUGAAGGCUGCUGCUGAGGCUGAUGGCAUUGCCACCCGCUACAUGGUCACCAAGGACGCACCCACCGGUACCUGCGCUGUCUUGAUCACUGGCCAUGACCGUUCUUUGGUUGCCAACCUGGCUGCUGCCGAAAAGUUCCAGCUCGAGUUCCUCAAGCAGGCCGAGAACUGGAAGUUGGUCGAGGAUGCCGAGUACUACUAUGCCGGUUCGUUCUUCUUGACCCACGACGGCGGUUUCGCUUCUGCCACUGCCAUCUCCGAGCACGCUGCCAAGAACAACAAGACCUUUGCUCUCAACUUGAGCGCUCCCUUCUUGUCCCAGUUCUUCAAGGAGCGUCUGGACAGCGUCAUCAAGAACACCGACGUCUUGUUCGGUAAUGAGGAUGAGGCCACCACCUACGCUGCCCAGGCUGGCUGGAACACCACCGACAUCAAGGAGAUCGCCAAGAAGCUCUCUGAGUUGCCCAAGUCUAACAGCCGUCCCCGUGUUGUUGUGAUCACCCAGGGUUCUGAGGAGACCGUUGUUGCAGUCGGCCAGACCGUCACUGCUUUCCCAGUCACCAAGGCCACCGAUGCCGAAAUCGUCGACACCAACGGUGCUGGCGAUGGUUUCUGCGGUGGUUUCAUGGGACUUCUUGCCCAGGGUGUUACUGACACUGCUCGCUGUGUCCAGGCUGGUCACUACAUGGCUGGUCUUGUCAUCCGUCGCGUCGGUCCCACAUACCCUCCCGUUGCCGAAAGAACCAACACUCCCAAGUUCUAAUCUGUCUAUCAUUUCAUCCAAACAACAACAAGAAGAUUUAAAAAAAAAGAGGCUUUUAAUUCUUUUAUAUAUAUACGCAUGUAAUACAUAUAGUUCUUUCCUUGUCAUCAUUUUUUUAUACAUCAUUAAAUAAAUAAAUAAAUAAAUAUAUAAAAAAAUCAAGACUUUUCAUU